AAUUUUUUUUUGAAAGCAGUUGAAGUGAAUAGUGCAGAGACAGAUCGAAAAUGGCGUACCUUUUUCCCUUUUCUGCACGAAGUUGACCUUGAAACCAAUCGCCCCAUAAAUACACAAACCCGCAACAACAAUAACGAGCUUCAACGUCAAUCCUCGAUUUGGGUCCCUACCGUAACCAGCUAUGUCUUUGCGCAGACGAACCUUGCUCAAGGUCAUCGUCCUCGGCGAUAGCGGGGUGGGAAAGACCUCAUUGAUGAAUCAAUAUGUGCACAAGAAGUUUAGUCAGCAAUAUAAGGCAACCAUUGGAGCUGAUUUUGUAACUAAAGAACUCCAGAUUGAUGACAGACUAGUCACUCUUCAAAUAUGGGACACUGCGGGGCAAGAGAGAUUCCAAAGUCUUGGCGUUGCAUUUUAUAGAGGGGCGGAUUGCUGUGUUCUAGUUUAUGAUGUGAAUAUAAUGAGGUCAUUCGAUACCCUUGACAAUUGGCACGAGGAGUUUCUCAAGCAGGCAAAUCCUUCUGACCCGAGGAAGUUUCCGUUUAUAUUGCUUGGAAACAAGAUAGAUAUUGAUGGUGGGAAUAGUCGAGUGGUAUCUGAAAAGAAAGCCAAGGAUUGGUGUACUUCGAAAGGAAAUAUCCCCUACUUUGAGACGUCUGCGAAAGAAGAUUACAACGUUGAUGCUGCAUUCCUCUGUAUUGCCAAGACUGCCCUAGCCAAUGAACAUGAGCAGGACAUAUAUUUUCAAGGGAUUCCUGAAGCUGUUACACCAGAGAAUGAACAGAGGGGUGGAUGUGCAUGCUGAGAUGGAAACAAUGAAUAAUUUUACGGACUCCCCUCCCCCUAAUGUCGUGGCUCAAAUUCUUCAAAUUCUUUUUGCUCAAAUAGUGAUAUUUAUUCCUUCUUGUAUACUGUAUGCUAUGGUUCUGUGAGUAAAUUGUGUUUGACUUUGUGUCAAGUGUAGCUUCCACUAUUGGAAAUGUUUCAUUCAGUAGAAUGGCUACAUCACUUUCGGCAUGUAAAAGCAAUGAAUAUACUAAGUUGAAGGAUAACACGCAGAGUAUGAAUUAGAGCAUUUGGAGUGAGUAAAUUAUA